AUGUUUUCGACAUCGACUUCUACCUCUGCUUCAACUAAUGUUCGUCGAGAAUUUAACCGCCUCUUCCUCGUGGAAUCUGGAAUCACAGAGGAUGAAUUUGCUGAAUUAAUGGCUUAUGUCACAAACAAUCCCAACAAGAUACCUGAUAUUGAAGAAAGCCUCAAGUACGGCACUGAUAGCUUUAAGGUUAAAUAUCUGAGGAAGUUAUUAGCUGAGCCUGAUAGCAAACGUAUAAAAUUAGAUAAUGAUAAAAAUCUGAUUAAAUUUUGGCGAGCUCUAAAAAAUGCAACUUGUGAAAAUGAAACUCUUAAAUUAUCCAAAAAUACCCACUUUUUGGGAAAAGGAUAUGUAUCUAUUUUAUUAAUCCGUAAAUGUUAUCAUGAUCUGCAAAAGAUCGUCUUUGAUGAUACAAUAGACAAACUGCGCAUAACCGGAAAUCCGGGUAUUGGAAAAACCUAUUUCGGAUAUUAUUUACUUUAUCUACUUGCACAAAAAGAUGUAACUAUUGUAUAUGAUAACCAUCAUGAAACCAAGCCGAUCAUCUUUGAAGGAAAUAAUGCUUACGUUAGCAACAGUGAUGGUAUAGAUGUAUACCUGAGAAAACCGGCCGUUUGGUAUAUUGUAGACGGCAAAGAACCAAAAGAUGUUAAAGCCAAAACAAUUCUAAUCUGUUCGCCCAAAAAGAAUCACUAUAAGAACUUUGAUAAGUAUGAGGGGGUAGUUACAAUAAGAUAUAUGCCGACAUGGAAAUGGGAAGAGAUCGCUCGGUGCAGGAAAGAACUCUAUGAAAAAAAAGUAAGCAAUAAAAAAGCUAGGGACUGUUUUAGAAAGUGGGGAGGAAUUCCCAGAUUUGUAUUAGAAAGGGCCAAUUAUAAGACUCAUCAAGACAAGCUUAAUAGUGCAAUUAAAAGAAGCAAAAUGGAUAUUUUUGAUUAUAUUGGUGAAAGCAUAGGAGAUGAUAACCUGGAUAAAUAUGGUGAAAUUGCUUAUACAGAGACAGUUUUAAAAUUUGCGUCUAAUAAGGUAAUGAAAUUGGUUACUCAAAAACUUGAAUCACGUAUAAGACAAAGACUUCUUGAAAAAACUAAAGCGGACACAGGUAAUACACUCUUGGGUACUUCAUUUGAGUAUCUAGCUCAUAGGAUACUUCGAAAUGGAGGAAAAUUUGAUAUUCGUCCUUUAGAUAAGUACUCUGGAGAAGUUUCUUCUGAUCCAGAUGCAGUAGUCGAUUUACAUACACAAGAUGAACAAUUGUAUUUUUCUAAAAAUAACAUUGAUGUAAUUGAGAAUAAGAUGUAUUAUCAACCAACGGAAAAGAAUUUUCCGUCAAUAGAUUCAAUAAUUGCUCCUAAUAAGGUCUUUCAGAUGACCCUGGCAGAAAAUCAUCCAAUUAAGACGAGCGGUUUAAAACUUCUUUAUAAAAAAUUUGGUGGCGACUCAGCACAACAUUUAGUUUAUUUUUAUUUUGUCGUACCAGAACAUUUAUAUGAAGUUUAUAAAUUGCAGAAAUUUGUUAACUCCGAUGAUGAUGAUGCUCAGAGAAUACCAAAAUGGAUUGAUAAACGUAUUUUUCAAUACGUUUUGAAAAUUAAGCUGUAAAGAACGCAUUUCGAGAAUUUGGAUUUAUUCUGCGGUAGUGAAG